GGCAGGCGCGGCGCUGCCCGCCGGGAAGCCCGGACCAUGCUGGCCUGUCUACAGAGGACCCAGAACCCCCCGGCCCAGCACCUCCCCUGCCCCACCAAGGCCCUGGAACCACGCAAGUGCGAGGCGGUGGCACCCAUGCAUUCCCCGCGCUACCCCAGCCCCGCCGAGCUGGAUGCCUACGCACAGAAAGUGGCCAACAGCCCCUUGACCAUCAAGAUCUUCCCCACCAACAUCAGGGUCCCCCAGCACAAGCACCUUAACCGGACAGUCAACGGCUACGACACCACCGGGCAGCGCUACAGCCCCUACCCCCUGCACGCCGCCGGCUACCAGGGCCUCCUGGCCAUCGUCAAAGCCUCCGGGAAAAGCCUGGUGAAGAACUCGGAGGGGAAGAGGACUAAGCUCUCGCCCGCCCAGGUCGGCGUCGCUCCCUACCCCGCCUCAAGCACUUUAGCUCAAGGUCCCCCCUGCCCCGGGCAGCUGAGCUACCACGGUGGCCAGAAGCAGCUGGAGGGUCCGGUCCCCCCCAACGUGACGGUGGCGGCUUCGGUGUUGCCGCUGGCGAGCCGCGGCCUGGCCCUGCCUCCCUCCAACCUGCCCUCCAUCCAGAGCAUCAUCUACCAGAUCAAUCAGCAGUGCCAGGCACAGGGUGCCCAGGCCGUGGUCGCCACCGACCCCAGCCCGGCCAAGCACGGAGCCUUCCCCGGUACCGCGGUUUACGCCGGCGCCGUCCUGCCCGAGUGCCGCCAGGGCGCCGAGCUGGCGCUGGGCUCCAACCCGGCGGCGGGCCUGGCCCCCAAGGCGGGGGUGUACCCCGAGGGGAUGGACUACCUGGUGUGGCAGCAGAAACAGCAGCAGCAGCAGCAGCAGCACCUGCGGAUGUACAGCGGGGGCAGCGGCGGGGGGGGGGGGUCCCUCAGCAAAUCCCCUGAGACCUGUGCAGGGGCCUCCCGAGGUCCCUACGGGCUGGCCGGGGUGUCUGAGAAGGUGAGUUCCUCCCCCUUGAACUGCAUGCACGGCAACUUCUCGGUGGGGCAGUACUUCGCCCCUCCUUGGAACAGCAUCUUGGUGACCCCCAACAGCGACUGUUACAACCCGGCCGAGCUGGGGGGGGCCGGCGCCCGCGAGCUGGGGGUGCCCCCGGGUGAGGGGCUGCCCAGCAAGAGCCUCUGCAAUACCUCCAUCCUCAGCAGCAGCCUCCAGUCCCUGGAGUAUCUCAUCAACGACAUCCACCCGCCCUGCAUCAAGGAGCAGAUGCUGGGCAAGGGCUACGAGACCGUCUCUGUGCCAAGGCUCUUGGACCACCAGCACGCCCACAUCCGCCUGCCCGUCUACAGAUAA